UUGGAGUAUUGACAGUUUCAUUUCUCUUGCGACAUCGUCGACCGUCGCGACUAAUAUGAAGAGAGCGAAUGCAAUUUUAGCGUCUCUCAAGCAUAUCAACUCGCUCCUCCUGAGUCGGCCUUCCGCGGCUCGGUUUCUGCAAUCUCAGUCUCAGCCCCAGGUGAUGCGAUACACUCACUCUCCGUACUUUUCUUGUGUCAGUUCAUCACAAGCUUAUAUUUCUGGUUUUCCUACUAGCCAACAAAAAUUGCACUUCUCAAUAAAGCCAAACUCUAUUGUGGAACUCGUUUUAGCGAACGAAUGGUCUGAUGUGGUAGAACAGGAGCUAGAAAAAUCCAAUCCAACUCUAACCCACGAAACUGUUCUUUACGUAUUGAAGCAACUCGAUAAGAACCCAGAAAAGGCUUGGUAUUUCUUCGGCUGGUUUUCCGAGAAACGUGGGUUUAAACCCACUUCUGCGUUAUAUAGCCUAAUGCUCAGGAUUUUAGGUCGCAAGGAUUCGAUGAAGGAGUUUUGGUUUAUGGUGCAUAAAAUGCGGGAUGAGGGGUUUCUUAUUGACAAUGAAACAUACGUUGCACUAGUUGGUAAUUUCAAGAAUGCGAAAAUGGCCACUGAUGCUGAUGCUCUGACUAAAUUAUACUCUCAGAUGGCUGAAGAGGGCAUCACGGAUUCUACUGUAAAAGGGGUUGUUGAGGUCGUUAUGGCUUUGGAUUGGAGUGAUGAGGUUGAGAAGAAAUUGGGGCAACUCGGGCUUUCUUUAUCGGAGAAUACCAUGUUGAGGGUCUUAAAGGAACUUCGUGCACACCCUUUAAAGGCUUUAGGGUUUUUCCGUUGGGCUGCUAAUCAUCUAGGUUAUAAACACAGUACUGUUACUUAUAAUGCAAUCCUUCGUGUUCUUGGGUGGGUUGAAUCAAUUGAGGAGUUUUGGAACAUGGUCAGGGAAAUGAAGGAGGCAGGUCAUGAGAUAGAUCUUGACACCUAUAUAAAACUUUCAAGGCAGUUUCAGAAGAGCAAGAUGAUAAAGGAUGCUGUGGAGCUUUAUGAGCUUAUGAUGGAUGGCCCCUACAAGCCGUCAAUUCAGAACUGCAGUAUGCUUUUGCGGCAUAUCUCGUUGGCUGGCACCCCAGAUUUGGAUUUGGUAUUCAGAGUUGUAAAGAAAUAUGAGGCAGCAGGGCAUCCCCUGUCUAAAUCUGUUUAUGAUGGGAUCCAUAGGUCUUUGACUAGUGUGGGAAAAUUUGAUGAAGCAGAAAAAAUUUUAGAAACCAUGAAAAAUGCUGGUUAUGAACCUGACAACAUUACCUACAGCCAACUGGUUUAUGGACUCUGUAAAGCAGGGAGGCUAGAGGAAGCUUGUAAGACCUUGGAUGAGAUGGAAGCACGUGAUUGUGUUCCUGACCUCAAGACCUGGACAAUUUUAAUUCAGGGGCAUUGCAUGGCUGGCGAAGUUGACGAGGCAUUAACUUGUUUCACUAAGAUGAUCGGGAAGAACUGUGAUGCUGAUGCCGAUCUCCUAGAAGUCCUGGUAAAUGGAUUGUGUAGUAAGAAUAAGCUAGAUGGUGCAUAUGCUUUGAUCACUGAGAUGGUGGACAAGGCCCGUUUGAGACCUUGGCAAGCUACGUAUAAAUUUUUGAUUCAAAGCCUUCUUGGACAAGGGAAACUCGAGGAAGCAUUGAAGAUUCUUAUUUUAAUGAAGAAACACAAUUUCCCACCAUUCCAGGAACCCUUUGUUCAGUAUAUAGCGAAGUUUGGGACUGUGGAAGAUGCUAAGGAAUUCUUGAAAGCAUUAAGUGUAAAGGCGUACCCAUCCCUUUCUGCUUACGUUAAUGUCUUCACAUCUUUCUUCAAAGAAGGUAGGGAUUCUGAAGCUCAAGAUUUGCUCUACAAGUGUCCCCAUCAUAUUCGCAAACAUACUGACAUUUUGAAUCUUUUUGGUUCUAAAAAAAAUGCGGCUGCUACUGUUUAAGCUUGUAAUAUAAGAAUUACAAUGUCAUUCAUAACUAUUUCAUGAUAUUGCAUCUUUGAUGGCUGUUUUGAUGCUUAGUGAUAACUACACUAUUACUGGUUGAGAGAAUGUUUGGUGAUCAAAUAAAUUGAUUAGGCUGUGGAGAAUGAAACAUUUAUUUCACCCCUUUUGUAUGUGGUUUUUAAAACCUUGUAUGAUUCUACUUUGGAUUUGGAA